UAGGCGUUCCAGUCGAGUGUAACAAACAGCGGAGACGGAGCUGCACGCUGCGCAGGAUCAUCAUCACACACACACACUGACGUUUGCUGAAGAAAAAUAACAACAGUUUUAUGACCACACACCUUUUUUUUUAAGAACGAUACAGCCUGUUAGUGCAACGUAAAAGUAAUCGCCCGGUUGCCGGGGGCUUUAGGAAACGACAAGGAAGUCAUCAUGUGAAAAAAAAGAUUUGGUAAGCGGACAAAAGGGCUGGAUUACAAGAAAAAAGAGAAAGUUAUAAGGGCGUGAGCGGAAUGUCCGUGGAUGAGAAUCCUGGAGCCUCCAUGUAUGUGUAUGAGUCGACGGUUCAUUGUACCAAUAUCCUCCUGUGCCUGAAUGACCAGCGGAAACAGGAUAUCCUGUGCGAUGUGACCGUCCUGGCGGAGGGCAAAGAAUUCCGCGGGCACAGGGCUGUCCUAGCCGCCUGCAGUGAGUACUUCUUGCAGGUGCUGGUGGGACAGGCGGAGAAUGGGCUGGUCGUUACCCUACCAGAGGAGGUCACUGCCAGAGGAUUCGCCCCAUUGUUGCAGUUUGCCUACACUGCUAAGCUGUUACUCAGCAGAGAAAACAUCCAGGAGGUCAUCCGCUGCGCCCAGUUCCUGCGCAUGCACAACCUGGAAGACUCGUGUUUCCGAUUCCUGGAGGCCCAGCUCCGCAGCGAGGAGGACGGCCUGCUGCUGUACCGCAAGGUGGCAGCGGACGUCAACCACUCGGAGGACGAGAGCAUGCAGUCGGAGACCGCCAAGGCCAAGUCCCCCAGGCCGCGUCGCCGCGGAGACUCCCUGGCCUCUCUGCGGCGCCCGGAGGAGGAGCGGGUAGCGGCCGACUUCGACAGGCACGCUGCCUCCGACCACCCUCACUGCCCCAAAUACAGGAAGUACCAGUGGGCCUGCAACAAGCACAAUAACGACACCUCACACACCAGUACCUCAGGUUUCCCAAGCACAUUAAAAGAAGGCAGCGGUGUUGGCAGCGGUGCGGUGCGAGGGCAGAGCGGCCCGCCUGCAGCCCAGAUCAAAGUGGAGCCCCGGGCAGAGGACGAAGCCAUCUCGCUGUGCCUGUCUGGAGACGAGCGGGACAGCCAGGACAAGGACAAUGUGACGGCCAUGGAGAUGGACAGCCCCGUGCUGGCAGAGCGAGCCAGGAACAACAGGUCCCCGUCCUGCCUGCGCGCCUUCUUCAAGAAAGGAGGGGAGCCGCCGGUCCUGCCUGACGCGUCACAGCGGCUGUUUGCUAGCAGACUUGCCUGUCCACAAGACAAAGGAACCACUCAGGGAGAUCAUAAAGACUUCAGGCCUUUCUCUGGGGAGCAGGCCCUGCCUGUUCCUUCCCCUAAAGAAGUGGACGGCUUCCCCGCCGGGCUGUCCCUCAAGUCCGCCUCCUGCGACGGAGUCUGCAAACAGGAAGUGGAGCUGGACCGCCGGAGCGUCAUCUUCUCCUCAGGGGCGUGUGACCGUCUGGGAACACCGGCGCAUUCCUACCCCGGAGGGAACUCCCUGGAGAUGGAGCUCUCUGAGCACCCUCCAAAGGACCUGUGGGCCGGGGCCAGUCAGUCCCUCCCCAGCUCCCAGACUUACUCGCCCAGCAGCACUCCGGCUGAAGCCCCUAUCCCCUGCCGGGCCAGGCCCAACACCAGCUGCCCCGUGCCCAUCAAGGUGUGUCCCCGCUCGCCGCCGUCUGAGACGCGGACUCGCACCUCCUCCUCCUGCUCCUCCUACUCGUACGCGGAGGACGGGAGCGGAGGCUCGCCCUGCAGCCUGCCCCAGUUUGAGUUCUCCUCCUCGCCCAGCUCCAACGUGACGCGUUGCAUCAUCGCCGACCCACCGGAGCCUGGCGGUGUGGGGGGCGACGCCCUCUUCAGCCAGGCGCGCCCCAAGAUCAAGUGCGAGCAGUCGUACGGCACCAACUCCAGCGACGAGUCUGGGUCCUUCUCCGAGGGAGACAGUGAGUCCUGUCAUGUGCAGGAGCAGGGGCCAGAGGUGAAGCUCCCUUUCCCCGUAGAUCAAAUCACAAAUCUUCCACGGAACGACUUCCAAAUGAUGGUAAAAAUGCACAAACUGACCUCUGAGCAGCUGGAAUUCAUCCACGACGUCCGGCGUCGAAGUAAGAACCGCAUCGCCGCCCAGCGCUGCCGCAAGAGGAAGCUCGACUGCAUCCUCAACCUGGAGGUCGAGAUUCGAAAACUGGUCUGUGAGAAGGAGAAGCUGCUGACAGAGAGGAACCAGCUGAAGGCGUGUAUGGGUGAGCUGUGGGAGAACUUCUCCUGUCUGUCCCAGGAGGUGUGCAGAGAUGUGCAGCUGAGCCCAGAACAGGUGCAGUCGCUGCACCACUACUGCCCAGUCCUGCGGCCCGGCAACAACACAACCAACAACAACGCCUCUCACUCACCAGCCGCCACCAGCAUUGACCUCACAACCCACUCGGGCGCCCCCACCCCGGAGCCCAGCUUCCAGAAGUCUCCCGGCCCAGAGAGCGAGGCAGACUCGGCCAUGGGGAACGGCGCGGAUGAGCCAGGAACUGAUGUGGAGGGCCAGGACCCAGGCCAGCUCACGGAGUCAGGCCUCUCUUUGGAACAGUCCAAUCAGACGGUCACGGUAGACUUCUGCCAGGAAAUGACAGAUAAAUGUACGACCGACGAACAGCCGAGAAAGGACUGUUCUUAGUAUCUUUCGGUUCGUUUUUAUUUUUUAUUAUUUAAUUCUAGUCGUAUUCUUCUAACAAACCCUCUCUCGGGUUGUUGAGACGGUCAGCCUCUGCCAGUGUUCUUUGAACGCAAAUUUUUGUUUGUAUUUAUGUGUUCUGUUGUCUUUUGAAAAGUCGACACUACAGUUGUCUUAACAGCAGCAAUACUAUUCUCCGGGUAUUCUCCUUAUACCAUGACAGAGUGGGACCGUCUAACCAAUCACGUCAGUUCAAUGGUGCUACACUCGCCCUGGCAGCAACCUCUACAGUGGCAGCACUGUGUCUUCAUGUAUUACAGUCUCCUCACAACAGUGAUGGGCAAAGAUCACACCUCAAUAUCAAACCUCAAUGGACCUAACUGCAACUCUCUAUCUGUCUUCUGUCUCUCUGACUACUUUUAAUAUCUUAACCUCUAUCUUUAUCUCUUUUUCUGUCUUUUUCACUCUCAUAGACUCAUAAAUACACACCAACGUUCUGUCCCACUUUGUCUACCUCUCCUCUCUCUUACUCUUUCUCUCACUCUCUCUAACUUUCUCUCCCUCUUUCUCCCCCUCUCUCUAACUCUCUCUUGGUGGCCCUUGUCACAGCAAUUCAAACUCAGGAAAUCUUCUGAAUGUUCAACUUGAUUCAUGAGAAUGAGAAUACAGCGUAUGUACAUGAGAGAUUUAUGAAGCAGACAGACUGUACAUGUUCAUAUGCAAAAACGUCUUCUGUGUCUUUCGUUUGUGUCUCUGUACAGCAGACUUUGUGUACACACAGUACCUAAACAUUCCUCCUUUGCCUUCCUCAGCACUGAAAGAAAGAGAAGAAGAAAUAUUUCCCAGGUGGUUAAAUAGCUAUGUUCCCACAGGUCAGCAAUACCAUUGUAUUUGGAUGUUGUAAUGGUAAUUUUCAAGUGCUUGCUUGGCAGAAUGAUAAUGUACAUAGUUUGGCGCAUGGUGACUGUCGCAGUAAUAUUGUAAUUUUUGUUUUUUUCUCACUGGGCUUGUAUCAUGCACCUUUUUGCUAAGGGAAACAUUUGCUUUGCUGUUUCCUGUCUAAAGGAAAAUUCCCCAUAAGAGUGGGUGUUCUUCAACUCAGGAAAUCAGCUUAAUACACACCACACACACACACGCACACAGACACACACAGCCAGGUGCAUUGAAAACACACACAUUCAUUUUAGAGCCCCUUGCGUGAAAAUGUUAUGUUUAUGAUGAUGGCAGUGUAAAGAACAUGACUGGUGGCUCAAGCCACAUCCACUCAAACUUUGACACCUCUUUAAAUGUGAAAAGAGUCUCGGCUUGUGUUUAAAAAAAAAAAAAAAAAAAAAAAAAAAAAAGGAUACUUUUUUUUCUUAUCAGUAUUGAAAGAUGCUACAUGCCCGAUGGUGAAACUCCUUCUGAAUCCUAUGAAUAUCUCCAGUGUUGUGUUUUCAAGUCAGGGAGUGUGGACACCUUCUCAAGCUAUGGGUCAUUAAUUCAGCUAGUUUCUUGGACAAAAGAAAUUGAUUGAUUUGACUACAGAGAUGCUUUCUCCUAAUAAUUUGACUCUGUUCUGGCACUUUGUCUGCAGCACCAGGCUCUCCCAGCUGGCUGGCUCUUCAUUUAGAGACACUAUCAGAACCAAGGGAGGCUGAUCAUGGAGCACUUAAAUUGGCACUUAAUAAACAUCCUUAAAUAUGUGUUUAUUGACACACAGUAAAUAUCUCAAUGAAGAAUGCAAAUAAAAUAAACAGGUCUAGUAACAAAGAAAGGAGGUGAAUGUUAUACUAUGAGUGUUCACAUCUUAUAUUUCUAUUUCUUUAAAAAUUGAAUAAGCUGAUUCAAAAUUCAGUUCAUGUGAAAGCAGUGUAAUGUUGUUAAACUGAUGGCAAUAGUCAGAAAUAGCAACUUUUGCUCUAAUUGUACAUUUGUUGAAAACAUCCUUCUGUGAUGUGCUUGCAUGUUGCCUGUAUAACUUACAUAGUUAUUCUGUCUAGCUUAUGUUUGCCUCUAUAGUCCUCAGCAAAACAAUAUUGUUUUUUGAUGAACAAGAUUAGCAUUUUCUUGUUAAAAACAAAUCCUUGAUCUUACCUGUUCAACUGAGAUACUUAAAAGUAACACUUCUAAAAAACAAAACCAUUAUUUAUGAUGCGGCGUAAAGUACAUAAAAAUAUAAAGCUUUAUUUAUAAUACUUUCAGGUCAAAGUCAAAUUAAAUUCAGACUGUGGAAAGAGUUAACAUUGGAUGACAUGGAUAGACCCUUAAAAUAAUUAAUGUCCCCAACUUUUAUCAGCUACAGGCUUUCCUAAAAGCUUGUCAGGAUGAAAUUCUGAUCCUCAAGAUCAGUGAUGAGACUCGAGCAGUUUAGGUUGUGUUGCUUAAGUGUGUCUUUGUUUCAGUGUGUUUGCUAGUGUGUUUGCUAGACUGAUUAUUUUACAAGUUUCCAUAAGAUUUUAAUAAGAUUAAACUAGGCUCUCACACGUCAACAAACAGACACACACAAUUCUUGACCAGUAAUGUGUGAGUGUUAGUGUUGUGGUGACUUUUUGUAAUUCGUUUUUGUGAAGUUAUUUUUCCACUCCAGUCUUUUCUCAUUCAUAUGCUAGUAGGAAAGGGGAACAGUAUUUACCA